AUGAGCAGUCAUGAAGAAGUGCCGACUGGCAAAUCAAAUAUAUUUCAAAUACGAAUCGAUAGUGUUGAUGACGAGAGCAACUCGCCCAUAACGGAGGCCAGUUCCCGAGAGGAUCUCAUCGGAAGUACAGCUGCUGAGAAUGAGAGGACAAUUGGACAAACCGCAUUUCAGUUUCCCAGAUUCCUAUCGGUGCCCAUACUACGUAAUUCGCGUCACAACUCAACGAACACAUCCCGGCGAGAAGUCGUCUCGAGUCCAGCCAAAAGCGAACGCAUGAUCCGCACUAGUCAGCCCAAAUUGCGACCCAGAAGACUCAGCCAGGACAGUGGAAUUGUAGCAGGUCGUCUAGUUGGUUAUGGUGAAAGCCCUUUAAAUGAAAUAGAUCUACACGUUCGUCCGAUGGAGAUUAGUAUUACGGCCGAUAACAUUUAUAGCUUUCUGGAGGAAGCGAGGCAACCGGAUAGCACUCCAAUUGCUGAAAGUAGGCCAGUCUCACCAAAAACCCAAGUGAAGGCAAUCUCAACAUGUGCAAGUUCCUCAGCUGCAUAUACCGAAAAGUGGUUGAAUUCUUCGAUGAUGCGAGGCAGCAAUGGUUCCUUUUAUCAGAAGGCCAACACGAUUGCAGUACCAUUACCCACACAUCUGGAAACGGAGUCAGCUGAACCGAGUCCUACACAGGCUUUUGGGCCGAAAAUCGUGGGCAGCCAUGAGGAGGAUAUUCCAGGUACCGCCAUGAGACGAACUCUUGGCUUAAAUCUCAGUCCUGUUUUGGCCGGACGCAAGUCAAUUACCGAGGAUAAUGUCACUGAGUCCUAUGAGAUCGUGGAAUCCACACACUCGAAUAUACUGAAUGAUCAAUUUGGCUAUCGACAAUUAAUGCCUACAGAGAGGAAAACCUCUACGGGGGAAAACAGCCUUACUGGUAGUUACAGGAGCAGUCGCAAGGCCAGUAAGAGUAAUAGUCUAACUGGUAGCAGUGAGGAGAGGCGAAUCAGUAAACAGGAUCGGGAGGGACUCGAUCCAGAGUCCCUCAUGUUCCGUGACGGACGACGAAAGGUGGACAUGGUGUUGGCCUGGGAAGAGGAGGAUUUGGGUGUAAUGACCGAGGCGGAAGCCCGAAGGCGUGACAUUAGACGCUGUUUUAUGGACAAUCUUGUAAAGGAGGGACUCGAAGUCGAACUGGAAGACAAAUCACAGUCGUUUAAUGAGAAGACGUUUUUCUUAAAAGUCCAUUUGCCUUGGCGCCUGGAAACGCGUCUUGCAGAGAUCAUGAAUCUUAAGUUUCCCAUCAAACGCUUCAUAACCAUAUCCGUGAAGCCAUCUUGGGAUGAAGAAAACGUGGUCAUGCGUAAUGUGCACUACUGGAAGGAAGUCUGGCAACGCUUAACCAAAAAGAUACAACUCGAUCAUAAUCUGCUUGAAGGCGAAACAACUUUCAAAGCAGCUACAGCUAAUGGGAAUCCAGAAGAACAAUUCAUUGUCAAAGAUCGUGCCACGGCAUAUACUAGUGCACAGCGAUCCCUCAUGGUGAUGCAGGUGCUUAUCCGAACACCCUACGACGAGAGCGAUCGGAGUGGCAUAAGAAGAUUACUGAAUGAUGGCACAUAUCUGGGCUGCUUUCCACUACAUGAGGGCCGCUACGAUCGUCCACACUCGAGUGGCAUAUCUCUCGAUCGCCGUGUUCUUUAUCAGACCUGGGCACACCCUUCACAGUGGUAUAAAAAGCAACCGCUUUGCUUGGUUCGCAAAUACUUUGGCGAUAAAAUAGCUCUGUAUUUCUGUUGGUUGGGCUUCUACACCGAGAUGUUAGUCUAUCCAGCUAUAGUUGGCACUCUCUGCUUUAUCUAUGGACUAGCCACAUUGGAGUCGGAGGAUAAUACACCGAGCAAAGAGAUCUGUGAUGAGAUUGGAACAGGCAACAUUACAUUGUGUCCCCUCUGCGAUAAGGCAUGCAGCUAUCAAAGACUGUCGGAAUCAUGUCUGUUCUCGCGACUGACAUAUCUAUUUGACAAUCCCUCAACAGUCUUUUUUGCUAUAUUUAUGUCCUUUUGGGCAACCACUUUUCUGGAGCUGUGGAAACGUAAGCAAUCGGUUUUGGUUUGGGAAUGGGAUUUACACAAUGUGGAAAUGGAUGAGGAGAAUCGCCCAGAGUUUGAAACAAAUGCAACUACAUAUCGUAUGAAUCCUGUGACAAGGGAAAAGGAACCCUACAUGUCUACCUGGAAUCGAGCUAUUCGAUUCGUAAUUACAGGCAGUGCAGUGCUCUUUAUGAUCUCUGUUGUUCUCUCCGCCGUGCUGGGCACCAUAAUUUACCGCAUAACCUUGGUAUCAGUUAUCUAUGGAGGUGGAGGGUUUUUUGUAAAGGAUCAUGCCAAGCUUUUUACCACUGUAACAGCUGCUCUGAUCAAUUUGGUGGUCAUCAUGAUACUUACUCGAAUAUACCACCGCAUGGCAAUUAAGUUAACCAACUUGGAGAAUCCACGCACGCAUACCGAAUACGAAGACUCAUAUACGUUCAAAAUAUUUUUCUUUGAGUUUAUGAACUUUUACUCAUCCCUCAUCUAUAUAGCCUUCUUUAAAGGACGCUUCUUUGAUUAUCCUGGCGACGAUCAGGCCAGACGCAGUGAAUUCUUUCGCCUUAAAAAUGACAUUUGUGAUCCAGCGGGUUGCUUGUCUGAACUCUGCAUACAACUGGCCAUCAUAAUGGUGGGUAAGCAGUGUUGGAACAACUUCAUGGAAUAUUUGUUUCCCAAAUUCUGGAAUUGGUGGCGUCAGCGAAAGCACAAACAGGCUACAAAGGAUGAAUCUCAUCUGCAUAUGGCCUGGGAGCAGGACUAUCAUAUGCAAGACCCAGGUCGCUUAGCACUCUUCGACGAAUAUCUGGAAAUGAUACUUCAAUACGGCUUUGUCACGCUGUUUGUGGCCGCAUUUCCGCUAGCUCCGCUUUUCGCACUGCUCAAUAAUGUGGCCGAAAUACGCUUGGAUGCCUACAAGAUGGUCACCCAGGCUAGAAGACCUUUGGCUGAACGUGUCGAGGAUAUUGGGGCCUGGUACGGCAUUUUGCGCAUUAUCACAUACACGGCUGUCGUAUCGAAUGCUUUUGUGAUCGCUUAUACAAGUGAUUUCAUUCCUCGCGUGGUCUACAAAUUUGUCUACUCGGAUACAAAUACGCUAGCUGGAUAUAUCGAGCACUCACUGUCCGUAUUUAAUACAUCCGACUACAAGGAGGAAUGGGGUGCAUCAAGCAGUGAACACGAUCCGGAUACCUGUCAAUAUCGAGGAUAUCGCAAUGGCCCAAAAGAUUUUGAUCCUUAUGGACUCAGUCCACAUUAUUGGCAUGUUUUCGCCGCACGUCUCGCCUUCGUUGUGGUCUUUGAACAUGUGGUAUUCGUUCUAACCGGCAUCAUGCAGUUCAUCAUACCCGACGUACCGUCUGAGGUGAAAACACAAAUGCAGCGGGAGCAGCUGUUGGCCAAAGAGGCUAAAUACCAUCAUGGCAUCAAGCGUGCCCAGGGUGAUAAUCAGGAUAUACUGAGUCUAUUCCGAGAUGCCAGCAAUCGCCCCUCGAUAGCCGGAAGUCAAGUAAAUCCACGUGGCAGUUGGGCACGUCGAUUUAGUCGCUUGAGUGACGGUCUGGACGCCCAUGUGGAGGUCGCUGCACGUCCACGUCGUUCGGUGGAGUCCACCGUGUGGGAGGUUUCCUGACACGAGGAGGAGGCCGAGAACGAUGCACCAAACAAUCAUUCUAACAGAUGAGAAUAGAAGACCUAAGUCUAUGGUACAUAUACUCUUCUCCAUAGCACCAAGUAUUUUUAUUAUUAUUUAAUAUUUACAUUUUAAACUAUUACUGUACAUUUU